AGUUGAUUCACCAAAAGCCAGCAAAGUAGGGGCAAAAGCGGCUAUCAAAGUAGUAGCAAUAGAUGUGGUGCUGCCAACUACAAAGGUGAUUAAGAAAGAAAAGCCAAAAGCGGAAUACAAGGCUAACGAAGCAGCUGCUGUCUGA